AUGGGUGGCUGCUGGGCCUGCUUCAGGUCCCAACAGGAAGACGUUGUCAAGUCCCAGCAGGAAGAUGUUGUCAAGCUCCCUGAGGAUCAGGAGAAGGAACAGACUGUAGUCGAGCCGCAGGAGACCCCCUCCACCACAUCCUCCUCCACAUCCUCCUCCACCUCCAAGGAGGAGGUUAUAGUGGCGGAAUUCUUCAAUGACCUCCAGGACCAGGCCACGGAGAAGCAGACUGCGCCCACAGACCUCUCCCAACCCAGCCCGGUGGAGCCCCCGGAGGACACCGUAUCCACCGUGUUGGAUGCCUGCCCAGGUCCCUCCACCAGCAGGGGGGCUCUGCAAGAGGACCUCCCUCAAGGCCCCGAUGCAGAGGCCUCGUCCCUCCAGCCUCCUCGCCCCAUUUUCGCGUGGUCCUCCUCCUCGGCCUCCACCGAAUAUCUCCGCCUCUCCGCCACCUGCUCCUUCUCCCCCUCCUGCCUCUCCCUGAAUCCCUCCGCUUCCCCUCCUCAAGGUUUUCACAAUGUGCAAGGGAAACUGGAGAACCUGAUGGCACUGCAGAACAAGCAGGUGGAGGACCGACAAGAAGAUCUCAUGGUCUUCCGUGCCCACCUCCAGCAUGUUGCAGUGAUGAACAGACAGCUGCAGCAACUGAGCAUGAGGCUCGGCCAACUGGAAGAGAUAGGUCUGAAAUCAGCCCGAUCUGACUCAAUUGGGAGGAAGGUUGAUCCGGAUAAGGCCGAUUCCUUUCGUUCCGGAAGCUGGAUUCCACUCCCUGCGUUAGAUGUGAACAAAGACGAUUCUCCCCCUCAUGACCGUGACUUUGGCCCGACCCAGUUACGUGUAGGCAACGCGGAGUAGCACAACAUUCUUGUGGGUGAGAAACUUCAGGAGACUUGCUCGGGAGACUGAUAUCAGCACACCAUAUUAACUAGGAAGAGGAUGCUAACGGAACUCGCACAAUGCCUGGCACGCCACCAGCCCUUUGAAGGCCCUCGCCCGAUUGCUCAGUCAUGCAUGAAUUCAUUUCUGUUCAUUCAAUUAUUUGCUCGUAUCACAGAUCACUGGCAGUGCUCAAGAGCAACCAGUUUUCACAUUCGGCCAAGGGGAGAGGGGAAUCAAACGAGACGCCCACCACACUCCAAACCAACACACGCUACAUUGCAACACCCACACUCUCAAAUUUUUUAAGAUGGUCUACGCAUGCAGGACUGUCUGUUAAAAAGGAGUGGUGAUUCAUUUCGGAGUUGACAGCUGGAGAUCAAGGUUUGCUCUGGACCUUUGAGAUGCUAAGAAGAUUAAUUCUUUAACCUCCAGAGGGGACCACUCACUAUGAAGCAGUUGCUUGCAUUUUCCAGGGCCUGGAGAACUCACCCCCCACCCAAAGAAAAAGAAAAAGAGAACUAGUGAGGAUUCAUUCCCUGCCGAAAUGAUUCGGCGGGCCGCAUGAAAUCGAUUCGACGCGUCCGUUCUGGAUGUGUCAAAUCGAUUUGGCAUGUCCUUAAUGGACGCACCCAAUCAAUUCAUGUGCAUGCCUACCCCAAAGCAAGUAGUAGCCGCUGGGGAGGGAGGCUCUGGAUUAAGACAGAAACUGACGCAAAGGGCUAAAAGCCUCCUUGACCCUUCCAGGAGGAGAGGUCUAUUAGCAACUAUUGACUUGCGUUUGAGGCAGCACACAAAUAUGUUAAAUAAAUAAAUAAAAUAGAUAGAUAGAUAGAUAGAUAGAUAGAUAGAUAGAUAGAUAGAUAAUUGGCCACCACUGUUAAAUGGAGCCUCCAUGUACAAGAGUAGCACUCGUGACUGAAAAUUUGAACUAGGGACCCCUGACGAUUUUUAUCCAGGACUAUCCAGUCCAGAUGAAGAUGUUAUCAAUACAGUAGCUAGGUGCUGCUAUAUAAUCUGUACACCCUGUUCAGAUUCUUAGCAAUAUUAUGUUUCGGAUUACCUGUUUUAUAUUUUUGCUUUGAUUAAUUUGCCCUGUAUAUUGUUUUCUUUUAUUAUUAUUAUUACUUAUUAUUGUUGCUGUUUAUUGUUCUUUAUGUGUAGUUUUGCUUUGUAUUCUGGUCAAUGACUGUAAUAAAGAUUGGAUUGGAUUGAA